CAAGUAAAAAGAGAAAAAUACCGAAAUAAUAUUAUUAAAAAAAAAAUAACCGUACAUUAUAUUGGGUCCGUCCUCGAACCCAGCUCGGGCCGGGAGUUAUAAUUAAUUCCAGAGGGUAUUUUGCGAUUUAGAAGAGGGGGCAACACGAAAUAAAUCGAUACCGAGUCGAGCCCCCCUUUAGUGUGUAACCUAAAGGGCGCGGAGCAGCAGUGGCGAGUACACCGAGGUAAAAUUACGCCGAAAACGACGUAAAUAAAAUAAAUUUCGCUCGCAAUUAUCGCGUAUUAAAAUAAAAAUUCGCUCAGUGGGAGUCGGUGCACUUCGAUGGGACUAUGAAAUUGCAGAAAAUGGUGCGCGUUUUCACCGACAGGCACCUGGAGAACAUCGGCAACGUCUUCGAGGCCCUGUACAAAGACUGUUUGCUCACCGAUUGUGUGUUGUAUUGCAAGGACGGUGCCAUAAAGGCGCACAAAGUGAUUUUGGCCGCGAGCAGUAGGUAUUUCAAGCAGGUUUUCCUCGAUCACGCCGACGACAAUGCUAUUUUUAUGUACGGCAUUUCCUACGUACAACUCAAGCAUCUCGUCGAUUUGAUCUACAGGGGAUCCAUCGACGUGCCCGGCGAUAAUUUGAACGCUAUUUAUUCGUUGUUGGAGGAAUUGAAAGUCAACGGAGUGGCCGUCGACGCCACUAGGGAAUUGAAAACCAACGGUAUAGGACGAGACACGAGGUUCAAGGGUCAAAAACGAGUAGCCGUCGAUUUCGACAUCAACGAUGCUCAAUCCCCGUCCACCUCCCGCUCAAAAACUCCAACUCAAACCGAGAGAAGAACCAGCACUUCUGCAGAAUCCGCUUCACCUACCCGUUCUCCCGGCAAAGAAUCUGGUACAGUUUCCGGGGAAGUACCCAAACUCAACCCGUUUCUAACAAGUCGCUUUGCAGAAAAUGUCCAAUCCACGCAAAUCCACCAAUCAACCGAAGGAUCCAACUCCCCCACGACCGAUUCGAGCAACAUAAACGGCAAGCACGGUGCGAAAUCCAGAGAUGAUUACGAGCCGAGCGGACCUUUGAGCGUUUGGGCGAGGAAAGAGAGGAAAUUCAAAUGCGACUUGUGUCCUAGUAGUUUUAAGAGAGCAUCCCACCUGAGCAGGCACCAGCUGGUGCACACCGGCGAAAGGCCGUUCGCCUGCGAUCAGUGCGACAAAGCGUUUUCGCGCCACGACAAGCUCAAGCACCACGUGCACAAGACGCACGAGCUCCACGACGCCGCGCUCCACGCUCUCAACGAGGCUUUGGGGCCGGAUUCGCUCUAUACGAUCGACCAUGUGGAUAUUCUUACGCCCGAAACGAACAUGGUGGAGUCCUCGAAUUCGAUCGUUCCGAAGGAGGAGGCUGUUUCGAGCGUGGGGUUCAGCGAAGGGUUCAAGGAAGUGCCUCAGAAGAAAGGCAGAGGGAGGCCGAGGAAAUAUCCGCCUGUUCCGAAACCUCUGUUUAAAAGACCCAGAGGACGACCGAGGAUCAAUCCUGUUGGCUUUCACAACUUGCAAGGAUACCAAAACCUGUGCAGAGACUCCUUCGAGGACCUGGGUUACCUCUACAAAGAGAGCGGCCCGGGCCAGUGUUUCCCCGGCAAUUCGGACAUGGAAGUGGAUUCCGAUCUGCACGAGCAAGGUCUCAUGGAGCCUUUGGUGGAGAUAAAAACCGAAGCGCUGGAGAAAAACAACGAAGAGGACGAGGAGGACGAGGAGGAGCCCGAUCGAAAGCCUGAUAGUAAUUUUUUCGAAAAGAUCGGCCUGUUUGAAAACAGCACGGCUAUAGCUAAGAUAGGCGAGUGCACGAUUUCAGUGGCGCCCAGCACGAGUAAUAUUAGCGAAUCUAACGGAAAUAAAGCCGAUAACUGAUUUUCUGGGGGUAAUUUUUAUUGUUCACGAAAUUAGUACAGUGGUUAAGUACAUUUUUAUCCCACAAAAAGUUGUGUAAACAAUUAUAAGUGUUGAUACUUCCACACUGGGCUAUUAGGAUUAAUUUUGUUUUGGUCCAAUUCGACUAGGUUACUUUUUUGUAUCUUUAUAUUUUUUUUAAGAAUUGUUUUUGUUUGGAAUCUGGAGCUUUUGUCUUCCAAUGAUCGGUCUGAAUGAACACGUUUAAUUUCGAAAUUCUGUGAUAAAAUGCGUGGAUAGUGUAGAGUUUUGAAGUUUUAUUUUUCGUGAAAAUUUUAUACAUUUCUGUUUAUUUUCAACUUUUCAUUUAAUCACGGCAUCCACUCAAAAAAUCCCUAAAUUUAACGCAUGUAUUAUACACAUAUAGGUAUUAAAACAGUAUUAGAAAUAGGAAGAGUUUUAUUUUAAACAUUUAUGUGCCAUAAUAUUGUAAAUAAACGAAACCAACUUACAAAA